AUCCAUCCAUCUGAAGCCGGCUUCGUAUUCAGCGGCGCACGUGCGCCGUGAAAUCGGUGAAGUGUGUUGCUGUUUCGCGAAAGAAACAGCUUUGUAAAAACUUCACCAACCUUCUCACCUCUGCAUUGCCAUCCACAUACGCAAAACGGCGAAACAGUAAAUCCAUUUCAUCCCGCCAUCAUGGCCGAAUCGGAUAGCGACAGAUCGACGUCCACCACCUCUAGCAAGAAACUCGCACGACUGCAGUCGAAAAAACGCAAGUACGAAGCCUAUCUUAACCUCACAGAGCAGGGAGGUACAGAGGAAAAGAACCCGAAGCAACCCAAGACAGAAGAAACUCCAGAAGCGCUCGUCGAAAGCCUGUCCAAGCUUCGCAACAGCAUCAGAAGCACGCCAAAGUUUGACAAGCUGUCCCCUUCGCUUAAAUUAGGAGGAAAAGGCAAAGAAGCGAAAUGGUCGUGGCCCGGGGAACCAGGACACGAAGAAAAUGGCAAAGGUUCUGCCCUUUACCUGCACGACAUCAUGUGUCUGUUGCUCGUCGCACUGAAAGGGCGAGAGUCGCCUCACAUCACCCAGUGGUGCCGGCUGCUGAAGAAUAACAACAUAAGCCACAUUGCCGUGAUACUGGUUAACGGGCUGUCAGUUGAGAACCUCACCGUCAGUCCAGAAUGGUUCCCGCAGAUGAAGGGCCUCUUUCCAGAGGGCGGCGUCCUAAUCACGCCGGCUUCUAUGUACAGCGUCACGACCGAAGCAGAGAUCACGCAGGUCCCGCUUACCCUUACAGCAGGAGGCAAGUUGACGAUGGAAUUUGGGGAACUGCACAAAGCUGUGGAGGCCGGAGUCGUGUUUAAUAUCUACAAACUGUUUCUGCCAAUGGAGGAAGAAACAGAGUUUGACGAAGCAAAGAGAAAAGACUGUCAAGUUUCGUUAAGUGCGCCUCACCCGAGCGAUGUGUUGCCGAGGAUGAUGCUGCUUCUGAAUCCUGUUCAGAUGAUCAACGAAGGUUAUCCACUGGCGCAGACGUCAAAAUUGAAGGGCUACGUUUUUUCCAGGACCUCGUACGCUCCCGUCCAUAAUCGGUCUCCCCUAUAUGCCGUGGACUGCGAGAUGUGUCUCACCUCCGCAAGGCUCAACGAGCUGACACGUGUGACGAUGGUCGACGAGGAUGAGAACACUGUCCUCGACGAGCUGGUGAAGCCUUACAAUCGGAUAAUCAACUACCUCACCCAGUACAGUGGGAUCACCAGGAAAAUGUUGGAACCCGUGACGACCAGGAUCGAAGACAUCCAGCGCAAGUUCCAGAGGCUUCUUCCGCCGGAUGCCAUCCUCGUGGGCCAGUCGCUCAACUGCGACCUGCACGCACUCAAGAUUAUCCACCCUUACGUCAUCGACACCGGCUGCAUCUUCAACAUCACCGGAACCCGUCCGAGAAAGACGAAGCUGAAGACGUUGUGCAGCCUCUUUCUUGGUGAGGAGAUUCAAACGGGCAAUGAUGGCCACUGUUCAAAGGAAGACUCUGUGGCGGCGCUGCGGCUUGUUAAGCUACGGUUGCAGAAAGGCGCGUUCUUUGGAGAUGCGGUCAUCGACAGAUGCGAAGCAGAGGUAAUGAAAAAGGCAAAGCAGCUGGCAGAGAGUGGAGAUGUGAUCGAGGAGUCCACAUUCGGCAUGGUCAACGACGAGGAAUCUGUGAAACCCAACCUCGCCUUGCAGUCGGAAGAAAAACUUGCCGUUGCCUCGAAGUCGGAAGACAAAUCCGACGUUGCCUCGAAGUCUGAAGACAAAUCCGACGUUGCCUCGAAAUCGGAAGACAAAUCCGAAGUUCCCUCGAAGUUGGAGGACAAAUCCGACGCUACUUCAAAGUCGGAAGACAAAUCCAAUGCCACCUUAAAGUCGGAAGAUGAAGCCGAUGCCACCUUAAAGUCGGAAGAUGAAGCCGAAGCCAAUUUAAAAUUGGAAGACGAAUCCGAUGCCGCUUUGAAGUCGGAAGACAGAUCCGACGCUACUUCGAAGUCGAAGCGCAGAUUCCCAAAACACAGAAACCUGAAAAAACUGAAGAAGAAAAACCUUGUGCCAGAUAACCUGAAAGGCUUUGUGAGCUGCGUCUUCUCCUACCUUGGCAAAAGUGGGAGAACAGCCACUAUAAUCGGGACGGAAGACAGGCUCAGCAACUAUCCGUACUUUGUGUCCAACUGUGCAACGGCAAAACGGAUCGAGACAAACGACGAAGCCGUCGAGGCGACAAAGGCGGAGAUCGGAACGUCGUUCCUGUCUAUCACGGGCCUCGACGGAACGUCGCAGGGCGCCAGGGGAAAAGUGACGAGAGAGGGUGUGGAGAAAGUGGACGCCCAUAUCAAGGACAUUGUGGACGCGUGCCAGGAUAAUGCGCUGGUGGUGGUCCUUCUCGAGGGGGCGUUCGACGAGGACACCCAAGUGGUCGAGCACGCCGUGGGUUUUGUGAAGGUCAAAGCGCGAUUGCGGAAGAGGAGGAGUGUGGACUGAUUGACUGACGCGGAUACACUUGGUGUGUGUGUGUCUCGUCUGUACUUUUUUUUUUUUUUAGUACUGUAUCGACAUCCACUAUAACUAGACCCCAAGCAGCACAAUAUCUUGGCCCACUAUUUGACCAAUAUUGGCAAUGCCGGGCCAAGAUUGGACCAAUGUUUUGCCAGUAUUGGCAGUGCCGGCCCAAGAUUGGACCAAUAUCUGGCCAGUAUUGGCAACGCCGGUCCAAUAUUGGACCAAUAUCUGGCCAGUAUUGGCAAUGCCGGUCCAAUAUUGGACCGAUAUCUGGCCAGUAUUGGCAAUGCCGGCCCAAGAUUGGACCAAUAUUUGGCCACUAUUGCCAAUAUUGGGCCAAGGUGUCGUGCUGCUUGGGACCCUUCUGCUUUAUUUUAUUUAAUUUUUUUUCAGAAUUGGGGUAGAAACCUGGUUCUACGUUGGGAGCUGUAAAUCAGGUGUGUCGCAUGAAAGCCGAUAAAUCCCUCAGUGCGAGGACGGAAAGGGGGGGUUAACAGAAAAAAAGACGUUUGUAUCACGCUGAACUGCAGACUGAAGAAUUUAGUUUUGCACAACGGCAGGCGCACGUCAGAAAAUUCCGUCGUCGUCUUUUGUGUCCGUCCUUUGUCGCCGCACUGAAGGUUUUACCGAUUUUAACUACGAGUUUACAACCUGCCCACGUUUUGACCCCCCUUUUUUCGUGUCAAAGAGCAGAUUGUCAUGUGGCAAGCACCUAACACUUAAGAUGAACGUAACGCACAAAGUGUUCCCUCGUGUUCACUCCAUGUUUUACGAGCGGCCGAGCCUGCACUUUGGUCGGCUCCGUUUCCAAGACGUCUCUGGUUUUACCCGAGGUGACAGUGAUACGUGUUGGGGGACUAAAAAUGGGUUCUACCUGGUUAACCCCCCCCAAGACAAGGACUCUGUUUGUAUGCUAGACCCGAAUUUAAUGUUUUCGUAUCGAAAGUGCCGUGCCUAAUGAGAGUGAGUUGUGUGGUGGGAUAGCUGGGUGUUUCUCUGCACAUUGCACGCACAGAUUACCACUCUUGGUGACAGGAGUCUACAAAAUGAGUGAAAUAUGUGAAAAGAAGACACAAAUUAUGGUGUGGCUGUUGUCACAGUUAUUAUUGCCCUGGAGGGCGUUGGAAAUCAUUGUGUCUACACACAAUAAAUUUGAUACAUAACCUCA